AUGGCAAACAACAACCCAGCGAUCAAGUCCGAGCCUGGCAAUGAGGCGUGGGAUGAAGAACGCCUAGAGCAGUCAUUGAACCAGCUGAAGCUGUUGCACACCCAGCUGCGAGGUUUGCGGACCACGAUCCCACGGAUGAUGGACCCUUUGUCCGCGCAUCAACCAACUCCCAAGGACAAGUUCGCCAGUUUCAUCAAGUCAGUGGAGGCGGCCAGAAAGGAGGUGCAGGAUUUCCAAGAUCUUCGAAAGAGUGAGGAGAUGACCAAGAUCAUGAACCAUGCCUCUCAGAGACGAAGGGAAGAGCCCAACGGCGUCAAGCCCUGGCGCGCAACUGAACACCCGGACUGGACAACAUUAGAGCCAGAGUCCUACAACACCACCUCCAACCGGACUCGUAUCGUCAAGACCCCCGGUGGUGAGCUCCGCAUCCUUCACAUCAAGAAGCGCGGCACUGCCCCCAAGUGCGGUGACUGCGGCGUCAAGCUGCCUGGCGUCCCCGCCCUCCGUCCCCGCGAGUACGCCCAGAUCUCCAAGCCCAAGAAGACCGUCCAGCGUGCCUACGGCGGCUCCAGAUGCGGCAACUGCGUUCGUGACCGCAUCGUCCGCGCUUUCCUCAUCGAGGAGCAGAAGAUCGUCAAGAAGGUGCUCAAGGAGCAGAGCCAGUCCGAGAAGAAGAAAUGA